AUGGGAACAUUUAAUCAAUUCAAUGUUUUUCAUCAUGAAUUAUUGAAACAACGUGAUGAAAUGAUGAUAAAAAUAAAAGAUAUUCAAUCUAACUUAUCGGAUUUGGAUACAACAAAACUGAUGAAAGCUUUCUCCUGGAUGGCAAUUAUGCUAUUAGGUUUAAGCAUCGGAGAAUUUCUUGGUAACAUCCUUUUCUCCACCUUACUUGAAUUUUUCAUAUCUGGUUCAGAUGCUACCUUAUUAGCAUAUUUUAUCCUUCCGCUUACUGUCUACUAUUUUCUACAAUUACCAUUGGAAAUAACAGAAACAAAUGAUCUAUUUCGACGACAUAUGCUAUUUUCAUUUGCUAUUUUUGAGGGACUAUUGAUAGGAUAUCUUUUCUCUGAUAAAAAUCUUAUCGGUAUACCACCAAUUGCUGCUUUAACACCAAUAGCUAUUGGAUUAAUUCCUCAUUUUGGUUCAACAAUUAUUGGUGAAGAUCAUGCAAAACUUAUAUGUUUAACAAUUGGUGGUGGAUUUAUUCUACAUUUAUCAAUGGGAAUUAUUAUCGAUCUAUCAUUACCAUAUCUUCUACUUGCUACACUUUAUGGCAUCAUUGGUUUUGCUAUAUUACAACUUUAUGUAAAUAAUACCGGAAAAGAUUUUGUUAGUUUUUUUUUUUUAAAUUAA